CUGUUUGAAACGGAAAAGAGAUACCCUUACUUAAGGCUUUCCUUUCCUGUCUGUGUAAAACAAAAGUAAUAAAGCGUCAUUCUACGAUUCCUUUCAGAAACUCCUUAUAUAACGGGGAAUGGCUUCCGUUUCCAAAUCCUUCCUCGCUGAUGCCGGCUAUGGGGAGCAGGAAUUGGAUGCCAAUUCCGCACUCAUGGAACUGGAUAAAGGUCUUCGAUCUGGGAAGUUGGGAGAACAAUGUGAGGCUGUUGUCCGUUUUCCAAGACUCUUUCAGAAAUAUCCAUUCCCAAUUUUAAUUAAUUCAGCAUUUUUAAAGCUAGCUGAUGUUUUCAGAGUUGGUAACAACUUCCUGAGGCUUUGUGUUCUGAAAGUGACCCAGCAAAGUGAGAAGCACUUGGAAAAGAUCCUCAACGUGGAUGAAUUUGUGAAAAGAAUUUUCUCAGUUAUUCAUAGCAAUGAUCCAGUUGCUCGAGCAAUUACAUUAAGGAUGCUAGGCAGUAUGGCUUCCAUUAUCCCUGAGAGGAAGAAUGCACAUCACAGUAUUCGCCAAAGCCUUGAUUCGCAUGACAACGUUGAAGUUGAAGCUGCCAUUUUUGCUGCAGCCAAUUUUUCUGCCCAAUCCAAAGAUUUUGCAGGAGGAAUAUGUAACAAAAUAAGUGAAAUGAUUCAAGGUUUAGUGACUCCUGUAGACUUGAAAUUGAAGCUGAUCCCCAUUCUGCAGCAUAUGCACCAUGAUGCCAGCCUGGCUUCCAGUGCACGACAACUGCUCCAACAAUUGGUGACAUCCUAUCCAUCUACUAAGAUGGUCAUUGUGACUUUGCACACAUUUACCUUGCUUGCUGCCUCUUCUCUGGUUGAUAUCCCCAAGCAGAUAGAACUCUUACUGCAGUAUAUGAAGAAUGAUCGAAGAGAGGCUGUAAAGAGGCUUGCUAUCCAAGAUUUAAAGCUGCUUGCAAAAAAGACACCACAUACUUGGAACAACGAGAACAUUGAGACCCUGUGUGAAUGUGCUCUUCAAACUCCUUAUGACAGCUUGAAACUAGGCAUGCUAUCUGUACUUUCUACCCUGUCAGAUACAAUAGCCAUCAAACAGUACUUCAGCAUUGCUCCAGGUUUCUCUUGCUACUGUGAUAUUCGUUGCCAGUCAGAAGACAUUAUCUUCUGAAGUGAAAGCUGUUAUCAAGCAACAGCUUGAAAAUGAUUCGAAUGGAUGGACAGCUUAUAGGAUAGCCAGGCAAGCUUCAAGAAUGGGCAAUCAUGGCAUGGCCAAAGAGCUUUAUCAAAGCCUGCUGACUCAGGUAGCUUCGGAACACUUCUACUUCUGGCUGAACAGUCUGAAGGAGUUCUCCCAUGCAGAGCAGUGCUUAACCGGGCUGCAAGAGGACGAUUAUAGCUCUGCCCUUUCUUGCAUUGCUGAGUCACUAAAAUCUUAUCACAAAGGAAUAGCUUCUUUAACGGCUGCCAGCACACCACUUAACCCUUUGAGCUUUCAGUGUGGGUUUGUUAAACUACGAAUUGACCUUCUCCAGGCUUUCUCUCAGCUCAUUUGCACUUGUAAUAGCCUGAAGACUAGUCCCCCACCUGCCAUUGCCACAACAAUUGCCAUGACCUCAGGCAGUGAUCUCCAGCGAUGUGGUCGUAUUUCCAACCAGAUGAAACUCUCCAUGGAAGAAUUCAGAAACCUUGCAGCAAGAUACAGCGAUCUCUAUCAGUCUUCUUUUGAUGCAGACUCUGAAACUCUGAGAAAUGUGGAACUGCAGCAGCAGAGUUGCUUAUUAAUAUCACAUGCAAUUGAAGCUCUGAUCUUAGAUCCUGAAUCUGCAAGCUUUCAGGAAUAUGGUUCUACUGGAGUGGCCCAUGCUGCAAGUGAAUAUGAAAGGAGAAUGAUGUCUGUGUUUGGCCAUGUGUUGGAAGAAGUGGAAGCCCUGAACCAAAAAUAUGCCCCAGUAUCCUACAUGCAUACCGCUUGUUUAUGCAGUGCAGUCAUUGCCUUGCUGAAGGUCCCCUUGUCAUUUCAGAGGUAUUUUUUUCAGAAGCUACAAUCAACUAGCAUUAAGCUUGCCCUGUCACCCUCUCCACGUAACCCUGCUGAGCCCAUUGUGGUUCAAAAUAACCAGCAACUGGCAUUAAAAAUAGAGGGAGUAGUCCAGCAUGGUUCCAAACCAGGCCUUUUUCGAAAGAUUCAAUCCAUCUGUCUAAAUGUGUCAUCAACCCUGCAGAGCAAACCUGGACAAGAAUACAAGAUACCCAUUGACAACCUAACUAAUGAGAUGGAACAAAUGGUGGAGCCUCACAAUGAUUACUUCAGCACACAAUUUCUCUUGAACUUCAUUGUUGUUGGCACCCAUAGUAUCACAGUGGAGUCCUCAGUUCGAGAUCUCAAUGGCAUUAUAUGGAAGACAGGGCCAAAAACCACACUAUUGAUUAAGUCUCUUGAAGAUCCAUACUCCCAGCAGAUUCGGCUUCAGCAACAGCAGGGGCAGCAGCUGUCUCAACAACCACAGCAGCUGCAACCACAGCCACGGACAGCAUACUCCCGUUUUUAGCUCUCAUAUAUCAGUCAAGGACCUAUGUCAAAGGCAUUCCAGUUUGUUUGGAAAUUUUUCCUUUCCCCAGGGUUCACAUUUCUUCCUCUAUAACAGCAGCAGUCUUGAUUCUUCUUUGUUUCCUUAAGCACAAUUUGUAUCUUUGAAAUGCUAUGGGAUUGCUAAUAUGACAGUAGAUUAAGGCAAUUCAUGUAGCAAACCGGUUAUGUAAAGUGGUUCUGCUUGAAGUUCCAGUUAUCAUCUUAAUCUCACUUCAUUACAAUUUUGCCCUUGUGAUGUAGUACAAAUCUUAGUUGAUCUUAAAAAAAAUCCCCAGUUUCAUGUCUUUCAUAUACAGGGUUGUCAGUCACUAAAAGAAUGGAAUGGACUGAAGUUAUCUAAAAGCUUCUUACGAUAGCUUUCUGCUAGAGCAGCUCAUUUAACCAAGAUUCAGUGCAUGUGAUGAAUUGGAGUGUAGUUGCAUUACAUAACACAGCCAGUCACAUUAGUCUAGUUUCAUUUCUCCUUUCUUCAGCUAUGUUCUACUUAAGGAAUAUAUUAUCUGAAUUAUGUCUUUAUGAAGAUCAUUAUGGAGCCUGAGAUAAGAAUAGUUUUGACUGGUAUCCCAAUUCAUCCAUCUUCAUUUGCACUGCCUAUGAGAAAUCCUUCUUGGUGAGUGAGCAAGUAGAUCUAUAAGGAUUUUUUAUUACAAUCAUAAUAGCUCUUUGAAUCAUCCAAUUCCCAUUUCCUGCUGUAUAUGAUUUUGCUUAUUACACUAUGAUUUUGAUUUUAUACUUGGGAAGUAUUCCCCCUCCCCCUCAAAAUAAUGCUAUCUGGAUUUAAAGUAAAUAUCUAAUAUAAUGCAUCUAAAAAUGGGAGAAUUUUGAUACAAUCAUCCACAUUGAGAAGGUGGCAGUACUCCUUAAAAAGAGAAUACAUUCUAAAGUAGAACAGUGAUAGAAGGACAAUGCAUGACCGCUAACCUGUAAUCUGAAGGUGAUGCAUUUUGCCUGCUAUUAUUAGUUCCUUCCUUAUACAGGCUUAAUAGGUAUCCUGUUGAGAAGAUUCUUGCGUUACCUACUUCAUGAAUAAAAACUAGCCCAUAUAAAAAGAAGUGAGUGGCUCUGAACACUGAUGGGCACAUAACAUGAAUGGUAGUAACAAAAAAGGAAUUGCCCUUUGCAAGGGGUCUAAGCCUCUUUUUAACUGAUAAUUAUUUGUUCGGUUAUGGAGAGUUACAAUCAUG